CCCCCAGGCUCGCUCUCCAUCCUCAAGGCCCUGGACCGGGAGGAACAGGAGGUGUUCAACCUGACGGUGGUGGCCGAGGACCACGGGAGCCCCCCGCUCUCCACCCACCAGCUGCUCUGCGUCAUCAUCGACGUCAACGACGAGGCGCCCACCUUCCAGUGGGCGGAGUUCGAGAGCCAGGUGAUGGAGAACCGCGGCCCCGGGACCGCCGUGCUGACGGUCAGCGCCUCCGACCGCGACCAAGGGUCCAACGGUCAUGUGACCUACGGGGGCGUGACCGAGGAAGGCUUCGUGAUAAACCCGGUCACCGGCGUCAUCACCACCACCCGGGAGCUGGACAGAGAGGUGCAGGACCGCUACACGCUAACAGUGUACGCCAGGGACGGUGGUCUUCCCGCCCGCUUUGCCAAGGCGGUGGUGCGGGUGGAGGUGACGGACGAGAACGACAACGCGCCCGUGUUCGGGAAGCCCUGGUACAGCCUGGAGGUGCCGGAGAACCAGGAGGCCGUGGACCUCUGCUUCCUCAAGGCCACCGACCCGGACUCCGGGCCAAGCGGCACCCUGCAGUACCGCAUCAGGGCCGGGGACCCUGAAGGCAUGUUCCGGAUCCACGCCGGCUCCGGGGCCCUGUCCACCUCGCAGCCUCUGGACCGGGAGGCCACAGAGCGGUACUCCCUGGAGGUGGUCGCCGUGGACACCGGGAGCCCCGCCCUCAGCACCACGGUGACGGUGGAGGUGAACGUGAUGGACAUCAACGACAACAGCCCCGUGUUCGGCAGCAGCAGCUACUCGGUGGACGUGUCGGAGGACGCCACCCAUGGGGCCUCGGUCCUGCAGGUGACGGCCACGGAUGCGGACGACGCCCUGAACGGCCGCCUGCUGUACUUCCUGAGCGCCGACGCGCACGGUGCCUUCGCCGUGGACGAGCACUCGGGCCUCAUCACCACCUCCGCCCCGCUGGACCGGGAGAAGCGCCCGUCCUACACCUUCCUGGUGAUCGCCGUCGACCUCUCGCCCGCCGCCCCGAGGAACAGCUCGGCUCAGGUGUCCGUCACGGUGCUGGACGUCAACGACAACGCGCCCUUCUUCCUCCAGGACCCCCUCGUGGUGGAGGUGUCCUCGGCCCACGCCCAGCGCGUGCUGGCCACCAUGAAGGCCGAGGACCGGGACUUCGGGGCCAACGGCUCCGUGUUCUACCGCUUCGCCAUGCCCGUGCGGGGCUUCAGCAUCAACUCCCUGACCGGGGAGAUCCAGGCCACCGAGCCGCUGGGCGCGCCGGGCCAGGCGCAGACCACCCUGAUCGUGGAGGCCAUGGACCAGGGCAACCCGGCGCAGUCCACCCAGGGCGUGGUGGUGAUCUACGUCCGCGAGCUGGAGUACAGCGGCAUCCGCUUCUCCCGGAACGCCCGCGACGUCAACCUGCAGGAGAACGCCGUGCAAGGCACGGCGGUGGCCCGGCCCCAGGCCCAGUUCCCCGACGGCUCCCGCCAGGGGAUCAGCUACAGCCUCUUCAGCGGCAACCGGAGACGCGUGUUCAGCAUCAGCUCCUCCACAGGCGAGAUCCUGGUGGAGAGCCCCCUGGGGCUGGACUUCGAGGACCGCCCGCGCCUCCGUCUGGUGGUGAAGGCGGAGACCGUGACCUCCACCACCUUCAUGGCGGUCAACCUGAUCCUGCAGGACGUCAACGACAACCUGCCCCGCUUCCAGCUGCAGAACUACGUGGCCUACAUGAGGGAGGCCCAGGGAUACGAGACGCCCAUCAUUCAGGUAAUGGCGGAGGACAUGGACCAGGGUCAGAACGGUCAGGUGACCUACUCCAUCCAAUCGUCGACCAUGAGCGGCCUGUUCAAGAUCGACCCAGUGAGCGGGAGCAUCUCCACCGCGGCCAUCAUGGACCGUGAGAUCUGGACGCAGACCAAGUUGGUUAUCACGGCAACCGACAGAGGCAGUCCCCGGUUGGCGGGGUCGGCCACCCUGACCGUGAUCAUCGUGGAUCAGAACGAUAACAGUCCCACCAUUCCGCUGCCCUCGGAGAUCCGAAUUCCCGAGAACACCCUGAUCGGCACGGAGGUCACCCUGGUGACGGGGAACGACGUGGACUCCAGCCCCGAGCUGUCGUACUCCCUGAGCCUGGAGCCCUCCGCGGCGGGCCGCUUUAGCAUCCACCGCUACGGCGGCGGGGUCUCGCUGACCGGGCCCCUGGACUUCGAGGAGAAGACCUGGUACACGGUGACGGUGCGCGCCACCGACAGCAUGCACCACACGGAGGCCAACGUCACCAUCCGGGUGGAGGACGUCAACGACAACGCCCCCGCCUUCACCCAGGACCUCUACCAGGUGACCCUUCCUGAACACACGCCACCAGGAAGUCCUGUUGUCACGGUGACAGCCACCGACCGGGACUCGGGGGAGAACGGAAAGGUCACGUACCGCCUCAUGUCAUCCACCCAGGAGGGCUUCCUCAUCGACCCCAAUAACGGCACCCUGUCCAUCAGCCAGCGGGCGGAGUUCGACCCCGAGCGGCCCUCGGUGAACAUCGUGAUCGAGGCGCGCGACGGCGGGGAGCCCGCCCUCUCCUCCCUCACCACCGUCCAGGUCCAGAUCGCCGACGUCAACGACAACGCGCCCGUCUUCCACCAGUCCGACUACAGGGCCACGGUGGCAGAGGACACCAUCGCCGGGGCGACCAUCCUGACCCUGGAGGCGUUCGACAGCGACCUCGCCCGGGAGAACUGCGGAUUCGACUUCGCCAUCGCCAACGGCAACGAGGGGAUCGCCUUCCAGAUCGAGAGCAGCGUCCGCUUCCUGGAGGGGCGGGGCUUCCAGACGGUGGGCACGCUGCUGUUGGCCGAGGGCCUGGACUUUGAGACCACGCCCCUCUACAACCUCACCGUGGUGGUGUCGGACCGCGGCGUGCCCCAGAAGAGCUCCAGCGUCGCCGUGGUGAUCACCGUGGGCGACGUCAACGACAACCCGCCGGUGUUCAGCAGGGCGGAGUACACGGUGUCGCUCAGCGAGGGCGCGGCCGCCGGCACGGAGAUCAUCAGGUUCACCGCCACAGAUCAAGACUCCGCCCCCAACGCCGAGGUCCAGUACACCAUCAGCUCGGGGGAUGACAUGGAGCUGUUCACCGUCGACCAGUGGACGGGCGCUCUGCGGCUGAAGCAGACGCUGGACCGCGAGCACAAGGCCACGCACAUCAUGGUCGUCCAGGCGUCCGACGGCCAGGGCCACUUCGCCCUCGCUCCCGUGACGGUCGAGGUGAAGGACGUCAACGACAACCGUCCCUUCUUCCCCGUGGAGAUCCUGACCGCCAGCAUCCGCGAGAACCAGCCCGCCAACUCGGCCGUGACCGUCUUGCACGCCAUCGACCACGACACCGGCGUCUUCGGGCUGCUGAAGUACCACAUCGUGCGCUCUGGCACGGGGAAGGAGAGCUUCGUGGUGGACCCCUACACGGGAGAGAUCCGCGCCAAAACGUCCUUUGACUUUGAGAAGAUCAACUCCUUCAACUUCAUGGCGGUGGCCGUGGACGCGGGCAACCACUCGGCCACGGUGACGGUGCAGGUGUUCGUCACCGGGGAGGACGAAUACGACCCGCUGUUCACGGCGUCCGACCUGGCCUUCGAGGUCCCGGAGAACGCCAAGAAGGGCCAGAGCAUCGGCCAGGUGCAGGCCCACGACGAGGACGGCGGGGUGGACGGCAUCGUGCUGUACUCCCUGUCCGCCGACUCGCCCUACUUUGAGGUCAACAGAACCACCGGGGUCAUCUCCCUGAAGAUGGACGGCUCGGGCCGGAGCGGGGGGUCGGGCCGGGGGAAGCGCGAGGCCCGGAUCAUGUCCCUGGACGUGGCCGCCCACAGCCCCCUGGACGCGUCGCGCACCACCACCACGCAGGUGGCCGUCGACGUCAGCAGCACCAGCUUCGGCCUGGCGUCGGACGUCAACAUCCUGCUGAUCAGCAUCAUCGCCGUCUCGCUGGCCGUCAUCAUCCUGCUCGUCGUCAUGGCGGUGGUGGUGUUCCUGGUCAAGUCGCGCCGGAAGAAGACGGGCCAGAACACGGAGAGCCAGGCCGUCGCCGCGGGGACGGCCCUCCAGAAGAUGGACGACUCCAAGUCGGGCGUCGGCGGGGAGAGGAUCUACCACCAGGCCCUGCCGGGGUACACCGGCGACCAGGGCGGCGCGGGCGGGGGGUCCUACACCCGGGGCGGCUCCCUGGACCCCUCGCACUCCAGCGGGCGGGGCUCGGCCGAGGCGGCGGAGGACGACGAGAUCCGGAUGAUCAACGAGUACCCCCGCGUGGCCUCCAUCACCUCCUCCAUGCAGGAGCACAUCUCGGCCCGGGGCCCCGACUCCGGCAUCCAGCAGGACGCCGACCAGCUCUCGGACAUCUCCUGCGAGCCGGCGGCCCUGGAGGGCAGCACCUGGUUCAAGGGCAAGAAGCUGGGGGGCAGCCUCAGCGGCACGCUGCUCUCCGGCCAGCUGCCCGUGUACCGGGACGACGGCGGCGGGUACCUGGGCACCGGCGGGCGCGGGGGCCUCAACAUCUCCCUGCCCAAGGACUACGGCUUCCCCGAGGACGGCAAGCCCUCGGUGGACGGCUCGCUGACGGCCAUCGUGGCCAGCGACGAGGAGCUGCGCGGGAGCUACAACUGGGACUACCUCCUCAACUGGUGCCCGCAGUUCCAGCCGCUGGCCAACGUCUUCACGGAGAUCGCCAGGCUGAAGGACGAGACGGCCCAUCAGAGCCAGAACCCGCGCCAGCCCUUCCAGCCCAAGCCCAAGAUAGACCCCAAGCCCCGGAUCGACCCGCCGCCCCUCAUCACCUCGGUGGCCCACCCGGGGGCCAUGUCGGUGCCCCCCAAGGUGCCGGUGAUCGGGAGGACGUUCCCCCACCUGGCCUCCCUGCGCCGGUCCCCCAUCAGCCACGAGGGCUCCAUCUCCUCGGCCGCCAUGUCUCCCAGCUUCUCCCCCUCCCUCUCGCCGCUGGCCGCGCGGUCGCCCGCCGUCUCCCCCUUCGGGGUCAACCAGGGCCCCUCGGCGUCCAUGAUCAGCACCCGGGAGCCGUCGAUAGAACAAAGCCCCGACCGGGAGAUGAGGAUAUGAGAGAGUUUUGGGAAGAGGAAAAAACAAACGACGGGACAAUAACGGUUGGACGGAAUCCACCCACGUAAAAAUGAGAUUUUGAAAGCACCCGCUAACCCUUAGCCCUUAAUCAGACGAGAUAACUUUUAAUAACACCGAGGGCAACGAGAGAUACCUCGGAAAGUGACUCACAAGAGGCGUUCUUCUUCUGGAAUGCUGGAGCACCUUUCUUUUUUUUUUGCUUAUAAAAACAAGCUGAUUCCUUUCCAAAUAGUUGGUUUCCAUGGAAGAAUGGUUACAUCAUAAGAACUGGCCUCAAGUCCAUCAAAGAUGACCCCCCCCCCCCCCCCCCCCUUAGCGAUUUGGCCUCGUAGUCUCCAAGUGAUUUGCCUGAAUGGAAAGGACAGACCUCAGAAGGUCUCCCAAGUGACGCAGGUCUCUAGGAACUGAAUCGGGUUUGAGUGCUGAACCGGCCCCCCCCACCCCCACCCCCCCCCAAGGUGGACCGGACCCGCAGCAUGCCUGUAGUCAGAGAUGCCUCAGUAUGUAGAUACUUUUGUAAAAGCUCCACGUCUCCUCGCUGGCUGGCCAGAGAGCUAAGGACCUCUGCGUUUCUCCGUGGGUCUGAAGACGUUCUUUUCCAUUGCACGUCAGCUGCUUUUCAAAAUGGCUGCCGUACGCACCCGUAUUCCAGACGCCCCCCUCCCCCCGAAAAAAGUGUUUUGAAAACACAUGACUUUGAUCCGAAAGACAAGAAUGUGUUAUGUUGAGCUGCCAAAACAUCACAGAAUCAUGAAGAACUUCUUCCGAAUGUUUUCGUUUCAGAUGACACUUUGUUACGUUUAUUUUAUUUUUUAUAUAUAUUUUUUUUAUCGCGUUACCAUUUCUUGUGUUAUCGUCGUGAAAGAACAGCGGCCCAAGGGGGAUAGUUCCAGUUUCAGUUGUAUUUUGCAUAUAUGUAUAUUUGUAAGUAUGCUAGUUACAUAACGUAGGUUUCUCCUGCCAUAGCUUUGGAGGAACGUCUGUGUAUAUGUGUGGACAGUGGUGCAAGUGAAAGGAAGACAUUUGUUUGGUUAUUAUUUAUAUGAAAAGGGGAUCGGCUGUCACCAUUAGACAGUGUUAAAAAACACACACACACACACACACGUACACACACAGACCCACACACACACUAUCAGCCCUCACCAUGCUGACUUGUAACCUUACCAAUUCUGAGGGGGUUUCGUCCCAUUCUAGAUCUUUCCGACACCCACAGCGGUGCUUCAUACCAUGUUGCUGUUCCGUCCGAACACAACGACGUUCCAUCCGUGAUUCAGGGAUUCAACAAUCACCUCUGUGUCUUCGUAUGAAGUGCUUCCUAAACCAACCGUCAUCGUCCACACACACACACACACACACACACACACACACACACACACACACACACACACACACACACACACACACACACACAAACACAACAUACUCUCCACUGUGAAGACUGUGGGGUCGCCCCCACUUGAUUAAACCCGACAACAGGAACUAAUGAGUUGACCCCGUUAUCGAUAAGGUCGACUCAAAGCGAACAGCCGCACGGGGCACGGCACCACAAACUCUCCGGUGAUCGGGCUCAUCGCAGAACAUGAGGAAGACAUUCAGAGGAACCGAAUGCAUGAACCUGGAAGAAUGUAUAGUGAUUUACAGUCCCGAGUUCCCCGCACGGUAUUACUUUCAAUGCUGCCACUGUGUUCAAUGUAUUUGACUUCUGUGAUUCACAUGCGUGGAUCUCUGGGGGGGGAGCUCGGCCUCCAUGUGUUUGUCUCGUCAGGCGUGUUCUUCGUGUUCGUGUGUACGCUCCCGUUUGGGGCCCCCGACGGAACAUCUGCUCAUGCGGCAAGAGGCAGAUGUCUUCACCAGCGUCUCGUCCGAUACUUUCACGUACGACAUGGUUUGCCUUUUUCCUGUCCCCGGAAUCUGCAAGGCCAACUGCGAGGAUGUGAUGUCCUCUUCUUUUUCUGUUUCAAGUCAGAAAUAAGUUUGUUUUUUAUCUCUGUUUCACCGUCUGGUUCCGGUUCAGCCGUACAAGUCGCAAGACUGGAGUCCCGGCCACGCGCUCUUGCCUAAAGAACACGCUGUUGUCGCCCCGGAAACACAUUGUCCAAGGGACUCAAGGGGCUGUGUUUGUGUUCCAGAAGUCUGCCGAUGUGAGAGAGAAAGAGUGAGGACUGAGGCUGUGGCAGUAAAUGGGUUGUUGUACAUGUAAUUCAAACGCAGAUAAUAAAUUCCUACUGAUCUCUUUUUGACAAAAAUUAA